GGGGAAGGAGAGGAAGAAUGUUUUAUUAUAUGGUACAGUACCGGUAUCAUAGAACCGAUAUCCGGUUGAAUACUCACGAACCUCCCUCGGCACGUAAUUCUCCUCCAAAUUUCCUACCAUCCCAUCAUUAACCCCUCAUAUUCUCCAAAAGUGCGGAGCGAUAUAAAAGAAGAGAAAGAAGGAGACACUCGCUUCAAAUCCUCCUCAUCCAAUUUGACCCGCAAACUCUUCACCGCCUCCUGCGUCCUCUCUACCUGGCGGCGCCGCUCGGUCCCAGAAUUGGAUAGACCCCCUUUGACAGGGUCCACGUUCUGGUGACCAUCGCCAAUGCUUGUUCGCGACUUCCCCGACCGCCCCCACCCCCGCAUCUUCGCUCGCGUGCCUCCAGCUGCGGGCUUUGACUUUCAUCUAGUUUUCCGUCCGUUCUCGCAGCGUGUCGCGGGGUGGCUGCGGGCGAGCUGCGACCAGGGGUUUAUCCCGACGCCCAUGGUCUUGUGGCAGGGGGCCAUUUCACGCUCCUCUUCUCGGUACUCUUCCCUCAUCUGCAUUCCCACUACCAUGCCCGUCCUCCCAUUCGGGGGAUGGCGAUAGUGGGAGGAGGGGUAGGGGAAAGGUACGAUGACGUUAUAAUAAUUCUGCAUAGUAUACUUCGUCAGGCAAGCAGCAGUCGGGGAAGCCCCGAUGCACCUCGCCUUCCCCGACACGACGACACGACGACACCGUGCAGGGCAUGCAUGGUUUCCUCUAUCGGGGUAGUAUCAAAACGCGGUCCAAUCUGUGGAUCAUACCGGCUAUGGGUUGUGAGCCCCGUAGCUAUCGUUAGAAUGUGGGGGAUUGAAGGGAUGGGGAAGGCAUGACACAUCUUCGCUCGAGGCAAAGAACUUUAACAAUAUGAUAAGUUUCCUUCACUGGAUUUCGUAUUGCUCGAUUCCCUUCGCGAUAGUGCGCUAGCCUCAUCGGAGUAUACAUCUGUGGUAUCCAAGACAUUGAUUCCCAGGCCGAAGGUGGCCUUCAGGAGCGGCAGUGAUUCCUACUCAUUUUUGAUCCAAGCUGCCCACUACCUCGCGUGAGUAUUGUCCCUAAAUACUAUAAUAUUAUGGACCUUGGAGUGGGAGGAGAAGGUAGAAAUCAUACUGUACCUUAGGAUCUCCAUAUGACAAAGCAUCAAGAAUACCGAUAAUAUUAGACACCUUCCAACCCACUACCUCCAAGACCAUUCAUUAUGGGGAGAGAAGAAGAAGAAGCAAGGAAAAGCAGAAGUUAGUAUCAAACGAAUAUCACACCCUCUCCCCACCAGUAGCCCACCGAGGGGAAAAAGAAAAAAAAAAUCAUACCAUACAUGAAUACUCCAUCCUUACCUUCUCCAAAA